UGGACAUGCCUCAGCGCUCUUCAUCGCUUCAUAUAACAAUACAACUUUGCCCUGGAAUGAUGAAGGGAAUGAAACAACAUUGACCAGAGAGGCUCCCAAUCAUUCUGCGUCACGGAGCCCCAUCCACAGACACUGGGGGGGCUGAACCAGAGGAAGGGGUGUGCCGUUAUAAGAGGGGAGAGAAAGGGAGCAGGCAAGCAGUUGAACAAACCAAGAAGCUGAAGAUUGGACAUAACCGCCACACCUCAAGACUGAAAGUGAGAGAGAGACUGAGAGCAACCCGUUAUCACAGACGGCAGAUAUCCCAUUGGCUACUCUGACUAAGUUCCUGCUUCAUUUGUUUGUUCCGGUGUGUGUUCCGUGUAGAAGUCAUGAAGACCCCAUUUUGGACCCUGUUGCUCGUAUGCUUGUGCUCCUCGGGUCACAGCGACUGCCAAGGGGACUGUUUAACCUGUGGACUCAUCCUACCUGAACACCAAGCGUUUAACACAUUGAUAUGUAUCCUGGAAUGUGAAGUACAGGCAUCUCCUGCAUUGACCUGGGAUUUGUGUUACCAGGCAGCAGGUCUGAACCAGCUUCCACUACCAUUACAGGAGGAGAAAACAUCAAAGCGCUCUGAUGAUGAAGCGGAGCCUCUGGCCACAGUUAGCAUAGAAAAUGACAAUGGUGUUGAGUAUACUGAGGCUUUGGAGCGGUUUCGACAUGCCGCGCAAGCGCUCCGCAGCCAGCAGCCUUCAGGGGAGGAGGAGAAACUGGAAAUUUCAUAUGACCCGGACCUUGACCCGAGGACAGAGGAGGACCAGGAUGGUGUAGGAGAAGAGAAGAGCAGUGAAGCAGCCGUAAGCAUAUCCAAGCGAUUUGGAGGCUUUAUGAAAGGUCGUCACGGUUACCGCAAGUUGGUGAGCUCCGGAAGGCCUUUGCAGAAACGCUACGGUGGCUUCAUAGGGAUAAGGAAAUCUGCCCGCAAGUGGAACAACCAGAAGCGUGUGAGUCAGCUACUGAGGCAGUACCUGAGCUUGACGGGUCGCUCGGGGCGUUCAGGUCACAUCAGCAACCUCUCCACCAGAAUCCGAAGACAGAAUGAAGUUUAGCUGGCCUUAGAGCACAGGCCCUGGUCUUUUCACUUACCUCAGCUCAACUGCUCAUCAGCCAUCAGUAACUGUGAACAUCUAUCAUGCACCACAGCCCAGAACUAGCUAAAUCUGUGUUUAAU